CGAACGAUCUCGUGAGAAACAAACCUCAGUCCAAGAUGUCUGCGAUCAAGUCGCUGAAUCCCAAAGCCGAAGUUGCUAGGGCGUCGCAGGCCCUAGCUGUGAAUAUAAGUGCAGCUAAAGGUCUACAGGAUGUCCUUCGUACCAAUCUUGGCCCAAAGGGUACCAUGAAAAUGCUUGUGUCCGGAGCUGGAGACAUCAAGCUGACGAAAGAUGGAAAUGUACUGCUACACGAGAUGCAAAUCCAGCACCCUACCGCCUCCCUGAUUGCAAGAGUUGCAACAGCUCAAGAUGACAUCACUGGAGAUGGCACAACAUCCAACGUCCUCAUCAUCGGAGAGCUGCUUAAACAGGCUGAUCUCUACAUUGCAGAGGGACUGCAUCCCCGUCUGAUCACUGAGGGGUUUGAGCUGGCCAGAAACAAGUCCUUGGAAGUUUUGGACGAGGUGAAGAUUGAGCGUACAAUUGAUCGGGACACACUGGUGCAGGUGGCACGCACAUCACUCAGGACCAAGGUGCAUCAGGAGCUGGCUGAUCUUCUCACAGAGCAUGUCGUUGAUGCUGUUCUGGCCAUCAAGCGUCCAAAUGAGGCCAUUGACUUGCAUAUGGUGGAAAUCAUGGAGAUGCAGCACAAGACUGAUAUGGACACGACGUUUGUGCGGGGGCUUGUCAUGGAUCAUGGAUCUCGUCACCCCGAUAUGAAGAAGCGAGUUGAGGAUGCCUACAUUCUCACCUGCAAUGUCUCACUGGAAUAUGAAAAGACCGAGGUGAACUCUGGUUUCUUCUACAAGAGUGCUGCAGAGAGAGAAAAACUGGUGGAGGCAGAGAGAAAGUUCAUUGAUGAUCGUGUCAGGAAGAUUAUUGAGCUGAAGAACAAAGUGUGCAAAGGGAAUGACAAGGGAUUUGUUGUCAUCAACCAGAAGGGAAUUGAUCCUCUGUCGCUGGAUAUGUUUGCCAAGGAGGGCAUUGUGGGUCUGCGCCGUGCCAAGAGGAGGAACAUGGAGAGACUUUCCCUGGCAGUUGGUGGGACAGCUAUGAACUCCGUGGAUGACCUGACACCAGAUGUACUGGGACAUGCUGGGCUCAUGUAUGAACAUGUUCUGGGAGAACAAAAGUACACCUUUGUGGAGGAUUGCAAGAACCCGCAGUCUGUCACCAUCCUCGUCAAGGGACCUAACAAACACACACUGACGCAGAUCAAGGAUGCUAUCCGAGAUGGGCUCCGUGCCGUCAAGAACGCCAUCGAGGACAGCUGUGUGCUGCCAGGAGCUGGAGCCUUCGAGAUUGCUGCCUUCCAGGAACUCAUGAAGUUCAAGGACACUGUCAAAGGCCGAGCUCGUCUAGGAAUCCAGGCGUUUGCCGAGGCUCUGCUUAUCAUCGUUAAGGUUCUAGCCCAGAACUCGGGCCUGGAUCCCCAGGAGGCCAUUGUCAAGCUACAGCAGGAGUACCUGGGUCCUAAACAGGCAGUGGGACUAGACAUCAAAACAGGGGAGGCAAUCAUACCAGCUGAUUUAGGAAUCCUGGACAACUUCCGGGUGAAGAAACAGCUACUACAUUCAUGUACUGUGAUAGCUACCAACCUUCUACUGGUGGACGAGAUUAUGAGAGCUGGCAUGUCUUCCCUCAAGGGAGACUAACAUCACCACAUGCUGCUCCUUGUGCUGCUUGUCCUGUCAUCUUAUAGUGCUUCACCGAAGAACUUCAUUCUGUCUAAUCCAGGAGUCAUUAUCUUUGUUCAAAACUUAACUGCACGGUCAUUAUAUUCAUUUUGGUUUUGAAAUUAUUGUUCUCCAGUGCGAUUGAUGUUUUCACACGACUGCCUGACAAUUUUGGAAUGAUGAGCAUGUGUCCGGAAAUGGUCUUUUGAAAUUUUCAGGGAUAGAAUGAAGUUAUCUAAGGAUCUGUGUUUGUGUCUUUUCAUAUACCUAAAUAAACGAAUCCUGCUUA